GAUUGCCCUCCAGAAGCAGGUGAUUUUCGUACCCAGCAGUGUUCAGCACACAACGAUGUCAAGUAUCAGGGACAGUUUUAUGAAUGGCUUCCUGUCCCUAAUGAUCCUGACAACCCAUGUUCAUUGAGGUGCCAGGCAAAGGAGACAAACCUUAUUGUGGAACUGGCACCUAAAGUCCUGGAUGGAACACGUUGUUACACUGAGUCACUAGACAUGUGCAUCAGUGGUUUGUGCCAGAUUGUUGGCUGUGAUCAUCAGCUGGGAAGCCCUGUGAAGGAAGAUAACUGUGGGGUCUGUGAUGGCGAUGGUUCCACCUGCCGGCUUGUUCGUGGCCAAUAUAAAUCUCAGCUCUUGGCAAAUAAAUUGGAUGACACCGUUGUUGUUAUUCCCUAUGGAAGCCGUCAUGUUCGCCUAGUGUUGAAAGGUCCUGAUCAUUUAUGUUAUCAGCUUACAUCUUCUGAAUGCUAUGAUCUGAGAAGCAAUCGAGUGGUAGCUGACCAAUAUUGCCAUUAUUACCCUGAAAACAUCAAGCCAAAGCCAAAACUCCAAGAGUGCAACCUAGAUCCCUGUCCGGCAAGUGAUGGAUACAAGCAGAUCAUGCCCUAUGACCUCUACCAUCCUCUUCCUCGGUGGGAAAGCACCCCGUGGACUGCCUGCUCUUCUUCCUGCGGAGGAGGCAUUCAAAGCCGCACGGUCUCUUGUGUGGAAGAAGACAUCCAGGGAUUGGUCAGCUCUGUGGAGGAGUGGAAGUGCAUGUACACUCCCAGGAUGCCCAUUGUUCAGCCUUGCAAUAUUUUUGAUUGUCCUAAGUGGCUGGCUCAGGAAUGGUCUCCGUGCACAGUGACAUGCGGCCAGGGUUUGAGGUAUCGAGUAGUUCUGUGCAUUGAUCACCGAGGGAUGCAUACCGGUGGCUGCAGUCCUAAAACAAAACCGCACAUCAAAGAGGAAUGCAUUGUCCCUACUCCGUGCUACAAGCCAAAAGAAAAACUUCCUAUUGAAGCUAAAUUGCCAUGGUAUAAGCAAGCACAGGAGUUGGAAGAGGGAACCGCAGUUUCUGAAGAACCAACGUUUAUUCCUGAGGACUGGUCUGCCUGCAGUGUGACCUGUGGAGUGGGUGUCCAGGUGCGGCUGGUGAAGUGUCAGGUGCUGCUAUCCUUCUCUCAGUCUGUGGCUGAUUUGCCCAUUGAUGAAUGUGAAGGGCCCAAACCAGUGUCCGAACGAGCUUGCUAUGGUGGUCCAUGCAACGGAGAAACUGGUGAAGAGACUGAUCUCCUGUUUAGGGGCUCACAAAAUUUUGAUGAACUUUACGAUUGGGAAUAUGAAGGCUUCACUGAAUGUUCUGAGGCUUGUGGUGGAGGUGUCCAGGAGGCUGUAGUGACUUGCCUGAAUAAACAGACCAGAGAAUUUGCAGAUGAAAAUCUAUGUGUGAGCAGUCGGCGCCCCCCACAGUUGCUGAGAUCUUGUAACCUGGAACCUUGUCCCCCAAGGUGGGAGAUGGGAAAAUGGAGCUCUUGCAGCCUCACCUGCGGUGUGGGAUUGCAAAUCCGCGAGGUCUUCUGCACUCAUCUCCUCUCCAGAGAGACUAAUGAGACAAUGACUUUGGAAGACAAGCAAUGUCACAAACCCAAGCCUACAGGGGUUCAAGCCUGCAACCGUUUUGACUGUCCUCCAUCUUGGUAUCUUCAAGAAUGGCAACAGUGUUCACAGACAUGCGGCGGUGGCAUUGAGAGACGGGACGUUCUUUGCAAGCAGCGCAUGGCGGAUGGAAGUUUUCUAGAACUUCCAGAAACCUUUUGUUCCGCUUCACGGCCAGCUUCCCAACAAGCCUGCAAAAAUAAGGACUGUCCCCCUGAAUGGCUCCUCUCGGAUUGGACACAGUGUUCUGUUAGCUGCGGAGAGGGAACCCAGACACGAAAUGCCAUUUGUAGGAAAAUGCUAAAUACUGGACUUUCUGCCAUUGUGAAUUCAUCGCUGUGCCCAUCUCUGCCGCUCUCCUCCUUGGUCAGACCAUGUGUGCUCAUGACUUGUGCACGAUAUCAGAGACCAGCGCACAAGCAACCCCCUUUAAUACUGGCUCAAAAGAAAGUUUUUAUCCAGACAAGAAAGCAAAAGAAGCUGCAUUUUGUUGUUGGGGGAUAUGCCUACCUGUUGCCCAAGACUUCCGUCAUUCUUCGAUGUCCUGUGAGAAGAUUCCGGAAGCCAAUGAUAACGUGGGAGAAAGAUGGCAAACGGCUCAUCAGCUCUGUUCACGUUACCGUCGCGCCAUAUGGAUACAUGAAGAUCCAUCGAUUAAAGCCCUCAGAUACUGGCACAUAUACUUGCACAGCAGGAUCAGCUCAGGAACAUUUUGUAAUUAAACUCAUAGGAGGCCACAACAAAUGUUCUGCUUCCUUGUCAUCUGGGAUAAAAGAGGAAGAAUCCUCCAGGAAGGUCAGUCUGAAUGAAGCUUUGCAUGGCCAGGAGAAGCAUCAAAAUAAAUUUCUCUUCAACGGAAGCAAAACUGAAAAACGAGGAUUUGCCUCUGGUCCUAGCCACCAGUAUGAUGACAUUGUCUCCAGGCUUCUGGAAUACAGAGGCUGGCCUCGGGUUAGUGCAGAGCCCUGGGAAGCUCAGGACUCCACAGAGAGAAAUAUUUCUUCAGAAGAAGACCAGGGUCUGGACUACAACCUGCCUUUCACUAUGGUUGCCAAUCAGGAUCGUUUAGAUGACAUCUUAAAAAAUUUGUCUCAGCAGCCUGAGGAACUGAAGGACGUCUACAGCAAGCAACUCAUCUCCCAGCUGGCCCAUGAAAUUUUCAAGAGCCACUUGGAGCAUCAGGAAUCUUUUUUCAAAACCCAGGGAAGCAGAGUCAGUUCUGCUUCCAUGGAAUAUCCAUUCACUAACCAAUUUUCUGAGUUUAACAGAUUACUGAGAACAUCUUCCUCCGAAGCCCACUUGGCCACAUCUCUAGAACUCGUAAAUGGUUCGCGUGGGCCUCACAAGAAACCUGCCAUCUUGAAGAAGAUCUCUGCAGCGCAACAACUAUCCGCGUCUGAGGUUGUCACCCAUUUGGGGCACACGGUGGUUCUAGCCAGUGGGACCUUAAGUGUACUUCUUCACUGUGAGUCUGUUGGAAAUCCAAGGCCAAUCAUUACCUGGUCGAAGAAUGGAGAAGCUGUGCAGUACAACAAGAG